UGGGCGAAAUGUGAAAAGUCUCACUAUAAUCACUUAUUUUGACGUUGUGCAGAUAGUUAUUGCAUCAAACUUGCUAUUUGCAGAUUCCAUUAAAACUAAAGAUAGCAGUAAUUAGGUUCGUGUCAGCUAUCUUUCAAUAUAGCUGACGUUAUGACUGUUUUUUCAACCAGUUUUAAAACAUGUGGAUGAAAUUUAAAGCUGAACUGUCUAUUUUUUUUCAGUCGGCUGAAGCUGUUGGGGGCAGAGACCUACUUCGCCGUCGGACAUUCCAGCUGUUACCAAACAUCAAUGCAAAGUUUUAAUCCAUGAACCAUGGCCGAGAAACAACCAGCAAAGUCUGCUCUCUCCGUUGUGAAUGACUUUAUAGCCAUUGCUGAAGAUCUAAUUUUUCGAACAGCAAAAAUCGAUCGUGUUCAAGGAGCUGCAAAGUUUCAACGCAAGUGUCGUGCUGAGCUCAGGUUUUUGACUAAGUUAAAAACAAGGAAAGAUGUCAGUGAAAGCCAUGUCAGGAGCAGUAAUCUGACUCAGUUACAUGGAACCCUUCUUGCAGCUGAGACCCUACCACAUGUGACACACAUCUUGCAGCCUUACCAUCACAUGGACAAAGGCUUUGUUUGUAACAAGGCUGAUGCCAACUCUGUUUUGGUGGAUGUUGUGUGUCAGAACGGUAGUUGCUGGGUCAAAGUCAUCGCAAGGAAAGCUCAGGGCCUUCAUAAUGCAUGGGCAGGUCAUGGGCAAUUUGGCCAGAGAAACAUCGUUGAUCAAGCUGACGAGUACAUGCAAUAUGCAAAGCAGAAUUUAGUAAAAUACAUUCCUCCAAAGGUUGUAUUUUUGUUUAUUUCUGGUGUGACUGCCCCCAUUGCUAAGGAACUCGAGGAACGUGGCAUCCUGGUUCACGGGGAAAGGCUGGAUGCUGGCGUAGAGGUUUUUGAACAGUUGGGGGAUGAGAGUGAUUUGGGAAAUGAUAGCGAUUGUUUUGAAGGAGAAGAAAAUUCUGAUGAAGGUUGUGAUUUAGACAUGGAAACUAGUGCUAUUGUAGAAAGUCAAAAGCGUGGUUCUUACAAGAAGUUGACAGAUACAGAAAGUGACAACAAUGAAAAGGGAGAUGUUGGUGGUUUGUCGACCUCGGUUAGUGUGAGUGUUACAACUGUAACCUCUGGGGCUGAUUCAAGCUGCUCUGUGUUAAAUGAUGGUGCUUCCGUCUCUUCAGGUGUGGCUGCUUCUAAACCUGCUAUGUCUCCAAUUACUCUGGCUAGUUUUGACGAGAAGGAAUUCUCGCAUAGUAUGAAGCAGAUUAUUUUGCGAUUAGGUGCGUCUUUAUGCGAAGAGGACGAGGACCAGUACCAUGAACAAAACAGAGAAAAGGACAACGCAUCAUCAUGGCCAAAUAUCAGUUGUCAUACCGGUGCUCAAAUGUCAACAGGGCUUCCAUUGACAUUGCCAUCGUUGCUGCCAGCUCCACCUGUGAUCAGGAAAGUAAAUUUUGACAUCACCACGCUUAUAUGUAUGGUGUCUAACCUGACCCAUGGUGGAUGUGACUUUGUCUUCAAGGAGCAGAUCCUGACUGACCAAGCUCGGCAGGAGAGGGAGAGACCAUUACUGCCUAAACUGUUAGAGUUCAUCAAAGAUAAAGAGUGCUAUGCUUGUGAGACAGCCAUCGGCGAUUUCCUGAAAAUUCUGAAGACCGUUGGUGGCCCAAAUGAGAGAAGACGAGCUGAUCACCUUCUGAAGACAGUGGAGGUGGUUCAUGAUAGCUUGUCCGAGAAAUCCCAGAAGUUACAAGCCACAGCACAUGUCAAUGAAAGAGCUAAGGUGAUUUUUGGUACUGGCGACAACCUCCAGGCGAUUACUCUCACGGCCAACCAGAAGUUUGUCAGGGCUGCAGGGCAUCAGGGUGUUUCCUUUGUCGUCUUCCCCCACGAGCCAAGGGCUCUUACCGAGCAGAAAGAACUCACUGCCACGCCAAUAACAGAAACAGGAAACGAAGAUGUGACAACUCUACAAUGAAAUAAGCUCUCUGCCCUAUAGAGGGCUCUGUACGCACUAUUAACUAUGAUGUUAAGAGCAGGUAUUCAUAGCUCUAAGACAUUAUCUCAAAGAGGCACUGAAGUUGUUCACUUUGAGAACAACGUUUUGCCAGAGCAAAGUGUUGCUAAUACUAGUAUUUCAGUUGUCGUUGUU